GGGGCAACGCCGCGGGGCUUCGCCCGUGACAUCAGCCCGGCCAGUCGUGGUGCAGUGUGCAAAGCCUACUGGUUGGUGUGGCUUGGGACACGCCUUCCGGGAGCGGAACAAAACGGCGCGCAGGCAGGGCUCACCCAAACCACCGCUUCCUACAGCGCCUGUCCCGCGCGCCGCCGCCCAGUAGCUGCCAGAAUGCCGAACUGGGGAGGAGGCAAGAAAUGUGGGGUGUGCCAGAAGACGGUUUAUUUUGCCGAAGAGGUCCAGUGCGAGGGCAACAGCUUCCAUAAAUCCUGCUUCCUGUGCAUGGUCUGCAAGAAGAAUCUGGACAGCACCACUGUGGCCGUGCAUGGAGAAGAGAUAUACUGCAAGUCCUGCUAUGGGAAGAAGUAUGGGCCAAAAGGCUAUGGCUAUGGGCAGGGCGCAGGCACACUGAGCACUGACAAGGGGGAGUCACUGGGCAUCAAGCAUGAGGAAGCCCCUGGCCACAGGCCCACCACCAACCCCAAUGCAUCCAAGUUUGCCCAGAAGAUUGGUGGCUCUGAGCGCUGCCCUCGGUGUAGCCAGGCAGUCUAUGCUGCAGAGAAGGUGAUCGGGGCUGGGAAGUCUUGGCAUAAAUCCUGCUUCCGAUGUGCCAAGUGUGGCAAAGGCCUCGAAUCCACCACUCUGGCAGACAAGGAUGGUGAGAUUUACUGCAAAGGAUGCUAUGCUAAAAACUUCGGGCCCAAGGGCUUUGGCUUUGGACAAGGAGCUGGGGCCUUGGUCCACUCUGAGUGAGGCUUCCCACCACUGCCUGCUGCACCCGCCUGCUCCUGUGCUUUCCAGCGCCAUUUCCUUCCAGCUGCCGUGGAUUCUGCCACCAGGAUUCUCUCACUCAGCCCUGCUGCACAUCACUAAUGACUUGAACUUGGCCUCUGGCUCCCUUUGGUUUGGGGGUCUGCCUGAGCUCCAGUCCCACUAAGGAGCUCUCCCCUGCUGGCAUCUGACACCAUCACCAGUUGGAGACAUCUGUCUCUGUAGUCUUAAAUGGGACCAGGCUCUCUCCCCACACCACACUGCACAGACCCCAGCCUCUUCCAUGUCCUCAGCUGGCCAGGACUCCUGAGUCCCCACGUUGAAACCCAGAGGAACAGACAGCAGUAACAGACUGGCCCGAGGAGGAGGGAAGCAGGGCUGAGAUGGGACGAGAGGAGGUCAUGGUUUACUAGAUCCCAGAGAUGCUUCUCUGUGGGAAAGGGGGUGGGUUCCUUGGUGCCUCUCAGAAAAAGCCUGAGCAGUCCUAGCUUAGAAGUCACUCCAUCAUGGGGCACAGAAAAAGCCACUUGCUUCUCUAGGCUUUUGCCUUUGAGUUACUGUGGAACUGGUGUCCUCCCUUUUGUCCAUCCCUCUGGAAUGUUUUGGAGAACAUUCCAGGUGUGGGGACCCAAGACAGGAAGUUGCCUGACCUCCUCAGUCAUCUAGUUCCCUGUUUGAUGGAGAGAGAUCAGAAUGAUUUACAUGUGUGUUUAUUAGUGGUCCAAAGCCUAGGUCCAUAGCCUGGCCCUAACCUUGGAUCUGAAGCUACAGGAACAGCUCCUCCCUGUCCCUGUUUCAGUGCAGCCCAGAUCAGUGCUCUGCUCUAGCCAUGCCUGAUAGAAUAUUCCUCAGAUGUGGAAGGAGGCAGACUUACCCUUCACCUUCUAAUACCCCUUUCCUUCUCCAAUCAUGGGGACCUCCCCCAUAGCCUGGACUCUGCCCCUUCUACCCCAUUCUUCUUUGGGGAGCCUCUCUAGCAACAAGGCCCUUCUUCCUUACAAGACCCUGGUCAGGAGCAGCAGGUGGAAGGAGGGACCUGGUCUGUAUUCUCCCAGUGGCUAAAAGGUCAAUACUGUAGCUAUCAACUGCAAGGGCCACAGGCAUGGGCUGUACUCAAGCUGAUUUAUCAUCUGGUUAAUAAAGCUGUUUCAAACUCUGA